GCCGCGCGCUGGAUUAGCUGCACUUGAAUUCUAUCGAUGUAGGCUGGUAUCGGGCGGUGGUAGUUAGUGAAGGGCAGGUUCAGGGGCACGCUGCGUCAUCGCGAUGCACUUUUAGCCGUUCGUGAUUGCGCUACGAGUGCAGCAUUAUAUUAUUGCCUGCUAGUUUGUAGGAAGUGAUAUCGCUCGUGCUUCUCAGUCCCUUCAAUUCGUUUCAUUGUAGUUUUAUCAAACAUUUACUUAAUCUCUAUGUUUCGUGUGUGAAGUGUGAAGUUAGCUAAGGUUUACAAAACCUUACAGUUCAUGAGUAAUACCUAAAAUGCAAGUAAAAUACCGUAACUUGCCAUUAAUUAGUCGGUGGAUCAUUUUUUUUAGUGAAAAGAGAUAGAGUGUGCAGUGGACUACAGGGAGGAUUAUAGAGUGAGCGUAACGCGUCAGUGUGUGAGGAAACGAGCCGGUGGAACAGUGUAAUCGGAUCAGUGCAACCCUGCACCUGCAGGCCGGCCGCGGGCCCGCGCUGCUCUCCGCUGCGCCGCAGACUAGUUUUGUUUUUCACCCCCCGUAUUCGAACCCGUAAUCAUUGCCUCACCCGCGCGCAGUCUAUACUUCUAAUUAAAUGUGUGCGUCAAGAAAAUCAUUACCACGCUUUGUUAUAGAGAUUCCUAAACAUUUGGGUGGGAUAUGUAUAGGUACGCCCCUUACCGUAAAGGUUACAAGUAGGCGGGCGCAGUGUUUUUAUAGAUUCUUCAUUGUUAAAUCUAAUCACGUGAGGUUCACUAGGUACUUGUGCUACCAUAUCGUGCUACAGUUGAACACCUUAAAUUGCUACAGCUUCGUUUGAAGUACAUUUUACGAGUACAAUUAUUAACGAAUAAGUUAUGGAUUAUCAUGUUACCGAAUGUAAGGGUAGUCAGGCAGGCGGGUUGUAGAAAAUAGAACCUGUCAACCAGGGGCUUGGUAGUGUAGUAGACUGCGAGCGGAGUGCGUCGCCUGGCUAGUGCGUGUGUCGGGCCGCGGUGUCGUCGCUAGUCGCGGUCGGCAGUCGGGUGUGACAUCGUCGCGCGGAGUGGUCGCGUGUGUCGCGCGUCACGCGAUCGCGGCAUGGCGCGCGAGUACGCGCGAGUGCAUGAGUUCUACCUGCCGCUGCACGAGCUGCAGCCGCCCGCGCAGCACUACCAUCCGUAUGACCUGCACCCGGCCGGCGCGAGCGCGGCGCCGGCGUAUGAGCUGACGGCGGGCGCGGGCGGCGGAAGCGCGGGCGCGUGCGCGGAAUCACCCGGCACUCUCGCGCACGCGCCGCACCAGCCUGCCAUGCAGCAGUCGUCACAUCAACAUCACCAUGAUCCCCGCAAAAGAAAGACUUCACAUUUUAGUUCGGAGAGCUACGAGAUGUCUAGCUGCGAGGCGGGGCUGGCGGCGCCGCCCGCGCCUUUGCACGCGCCAGCCAGCGCCACACGCAAGAGGAAGCCGUCCUCCUUCGGUACGGGCAGCGCGUAUGACGAUGACGGCGGCGACGAUUCGCGCUCCACUCGUACCCUGCCUGACAAAAAACAGAACCACAGCGAGAUCGAGAAGCGGCGGCGGGACAAAAUGAACACGUACAUCUCGGAGCUGAGCGCCAUGAUCCCGAUGUGCGGCGCCAUGGCGCGCAAGCUGGACAAGCUGACGGUGCUGCGCAUGGCGGUGCAGCAUCUGCGGUCGGUGCGCGGCGCGCUGUCCGCUUGCCCGCUCACGGCGCGGCCGCGGCCCGCCUUCGUUUCGGAGCGCGAGCUCAACCAGCUCAUCCUGCACGCCGCGCACGACUCCUUCCUGCUGGUGGUGGGGUGCGACCGCGGCCGCCUGCUCUACGUGUCCGCCUCCGUCAAGCAGAUGCUGCACUACGACCAGACAGAGUUGCUCGGCCAGAGCCUGUUCGACAUCCUGCAUCCCAAGGACGUGGCCAAGGUGAAGGAACAGCUGUCCUCCUCCGACCUCAGCCCUCGCGAGCGACUAAUCGAUGCCAAGACCAUGUUGCCGGUGAAGGCGGACGUGCAGGCGGGCGCGUCGCGGCUGUGUCCGGGCGCGCGGCGCUCCUUCUUCUGCCGCAUCAAGUGCAAGGCGACGGCCGAGGCGCCGGCGCCCGAGCCCGUGCCCAUCAAGGAGGAGACCGAGCCCACCGCCAAACUGCGCAAGAAGUCCAACGAGAAGAAGUACUGCGUCGUCCAGUGCACCGGGUAUCUGAAGUCGUGGGCCCCGGCGGAGAUGUCGGAGGGCGGCGGCGGGGGCGGGGGCGCCAGUUCGGCCGAAGUGUCGGACGACGGCGAGCAGUGCAACAUGUCGUGCCUGGUGGCGGUGGGCCGGGCGCUGCCUGACCUGGCGCCCGCCGCUGCCGCCUUCGUCUGCCCGCCGCCGCCCACGCGCCAACUACAAUACGUCUCGCGGCACGCGCCUGACGGCAAGUUCCUUUUCGUCGACCAGAGGGUGACGCUGGCGCUGGGCUUCCUGCCGCAGGAGCUGCUGGGCACGAGUCUGUACGAGUACGUGAGCGGGCCGGAGCUGAGCGCGGUGGCGCGCACGCAUAAGACGUCGCUACUGCGCCGCGACCCGUUGCAGACGCCGCCAUACUCCUUCCGGAAGAAGGACGGCACCUUCGCGCGUCUGCAGACACACUUUAAACCCUUUAAGAAUCCGUGGACGAAGGACGUCGAGUGCCUGGUGGCCAACAACACGAUCGUGUCGGAGGCGCACGGCGGCGCGCACGCGGACGCCGCGCACUCCUCCUACGACAUAUACAAGCAGAGGGAGGCGACGCAGUCGGCCGGGGCGCCACUUGUAGCUAGUGCGGUUUCAGAGGCCGACGUGGAGAUGCAGCGGCUCAUCGAGUCGCAGGUCGAGUCCCACAAGAUCGGCAGCGCCAUCGCCGAGGAGGCGCUGCGCCGCUCCUCCUCCGAGUUCUCGCCCGACCUGCCGGCCGACCUACUGCAGGAUGCCGUCUUCAACCAGAAUUGGCCACUAAAAGCCAACGUCCUGUACGAGCAGGCGUCGCUAGUGGACAACAUCCUGGGCGUGGACAUGUCGGGCUACAGCCAGGUGCGCAACAACGUGCCGCUGAGCGCCGCGGCCGAGGGCUCGCCGCCGCCGGCCGGCGCCGCGCCGCCCGCCUCCUCGCCGCCGCCCGCCUCGCCGCCGCUGCCGCCGCUCGGCCUGGACGGCAACGGGGAGGCCGCCAUGGCCGUCAUCAUGAGCCUGCUCGAGGCUGACGCCGGCCUCGGUGGGCCCGUCAACUUCUCCGGUCUGCCGUGGCCUCUGCCCUAGAGCUCUCACUGGUAGCACAUUGUUGCCACGCCUGAGCUGAUCGUUAACAUUCAAACGUAUUUAGGUCAGUAUGCUGAUUGUUGCUCAUCCUCGAACCCGUCAAAAUAUGUAAAAUGAUGCGUUUUGACUUUUAUUGAAGUACAACUAAGUAUAAUGGAACCAAUGAAACGUGUCAACGUUUCCUUGUUGUCCUGUGAAUGUGUUUAUAUUGUCUCAAUAUACCUACAUCGCGAAUUCAUUAAUUCAUUGCGAAUUUUCUAGAAUCUGGGUAGAAAAUAUUCCAAGUCUUAUAUCGCACUCCUUUCUAUUCUACUUUAUUAGUGUAAUAAAGUUAUAUAUUUAAUGGAGUAUACUAUUCAUUUAAUAGUAUAAAAAGUAUUUAAAUUAUUCAAAGAUAUUGUGCAUACAUUAAGUAAAUGUAUAUGUAUGCAAUUAUUUUCUACCCAUUCAAUAGAGUGAGACAACAAAAUAUACAGACGACUAGUUAUAGGCUCUCACAUCUUUAAAAUUAAUAACUUGACUAUACAGCUACACUACAGAAACGCAACUUAUGAUGAAAACCAUAGUUUCGAACUACUAACAUGAGUAGCGUCGGCGACAAUACUACAGACUGAGUAAAACUGACUUCAAGAACAAAUAGCUCAUUAAAGGUGAAUUUCUUGAUUAGUGGUGUUAGUUGAACUAGGACUAGGAUACACCAUGGUAAUUUAGUGGUCCACAAUGAAAAGUCUUAGAAUUUGAGUAACAACAGCAUCUGUUGCGUGCGGACACUUUUGAUGACAAUAACUGACUGUGUGUUGAUGCGGUCAAUGUGCCGAGUGCACACUGCAUAACUGACGUCAUCGUUCACAACAUGUACUGCCUUUAUGAUAUACUGAUCCAAGUUUUAAUACUGUUCGUAAAAUGUAAUAUCGCGUUGUAACGAUAUGGACUUUGGCAAUGGUUGGCAUCGCAGCGGGACACCGCGCAUCGCGGCGACCCAGACGACAUCUACUAAAGCUAUACUUCCAGCAAGUGACCUUAUUGUACAAAUCAGUCGGCUGGGAUAACAUCGACAAAAUUAGUUUUACUAGAGGUGUUUACUACAUUUUUAGGUAAAUAUUUUACAAGCCUUAUGAAAUGUUACCCUUAGCCGAUGUGUUAGUGCUUGUACACAGUACACCGAGACAGCGGGCGUCAGGCCCGCCACGCCACGUUUAUGGUUAAUGACAAAAAGAAUUUACUUAAUAUUAUGAAUUACUAUUACUAAUGGGUGUAUAUGAAUAGUUGUUCAAUAAGUUAUACUUUUAGCCACAUAAUACUAACACUUUGUUUUUCUAUGAGUCAUUAUCUAGUAAUGCAUUUUGUAGGAGUAACAUGUAGAAGCGUUGCGGCUACGAUACGUAGUACGUAACCUAAUAAAAUUACGGGGAAAUAUUUAUUUAGAAACAUUAUACCAAUAACAUUAUAUACGAUAGCGUAGCGAUGUAUUGUACGUAUUUGCAAAAAGAUUUGUGUGUAAUAUUUUUGAUUUGUAGUAUAUUUCUAGG